UGAUUUGGCUCGUGUGUUGCUUUGGUUUUACGGCGAUGCUAGAAUGCAUUUCAGAAUGGGAAUGCGUGUGGGCGUCUUUUCUGCAGCUGCCCUUUGCUUAUUCGAUGUGGGUCAUGCUCUCUUCUUCAUCCCUACGACUGCUGGGACAUUUACCGUGGUUGGUGCUGCAGCUAUACCCCAUGCGAUCGUCUAUAUCCUGGGUGGUUUAGCUGCGGUCCAGGGUGCUGCCUGGCUAGGCUACUUGGCGGGGGAAAAGUCGAGAAUAAGAAACGAAGAAGAAGAAGAAGCAAAAGAAAAGCCCAAGAGAUCUAUAGAACCGGAGAACCUCAUCCUGUUAGCGGUUCACGAACUCGACCCCUUUGGUUGCGUGAAGAAGAUGCUUUGCCACAUCGAAGCCGCAGACAUCAACAAUCGAACUCAGCAGGAGGAGCUUCUCUUAAGGACGCUCAAUGGCUAUACUUUCUUGACCUCGAUUGAAUUACCUUCCUCUAAGGACUCCGAGGGCGAAGGAGCUGAGGACGCUGCUGCUCUGUGUGAUCAGCUGUUCUCAAAGUGUCCUUUAGGCCGCGGACUGUUACGAGAAAUUUUGAAUAUGACUUGGAGGUAUGUGAUUCCCUUCGAUGUAGGUCUGUCUUUGGAUUCAGCGUAGUUGUC